UAAAAAUAUGGCGGCGCGAGACAGACUGGGUCGUCCUCAAAAUGGAAAUUCCAGGCACUACCAGGAGGCGCCUGGUUCAUACAAUGCUGCAUAUAAUAGGGGGUCAUUUCAGAGACUGGACACAGCUUCACCCCGGCCCAGCAGCGUUGGUAGUGUGCAGAGUGUGCAGGGCCUGUCACCCCGGGGACCUCGUCCAAACCAGCCAAUAUGUAUUGGCGAGGAAGUCAGAAUUGGCAUACACUUGACAGUUGAAAGAUUUAAGCUCAGUGAAAAUCAAAAAGAGCUGGAGUUCCCCUCAUCCCUGAGUGCAACAGAGAGGGCAUACAUCCACCGACUGUGUGAUGAUCUGGGCAUGAAAUCCAAGAGUCGAGGGAAAGCCGCCAAUCGCUUCCUCACAAUAUACAAGAAGGAUUCUAAUCAAGCAGUGAGCUAUGCGUCUGGCUUCCAACUGUCCCGCAACUCCAGACAACAAGCAGUCAGUCUGUUACAGAGGUUCCCCCUCUCUAACAAGGAGCGCCAGGACCUUCAGCCAAAGACACAAAAGUCACCUCUCGGGGAAGUUACCAGGGAAUUCAAUAAGAUGACAACUGGACGGUUGAACAAUGGCAUCCCCCAGGUUCCCCCCUCCCGAAAUGAAACCGACCUUGACCCGUUCAGGGAAGGCUUACCGAUUCAACAGCUUAGAGAAGAUAUCAUUUACGCCACAAAUCACAACCAAGUCAUGCUGGUGGCAGGAGAGACCGGGUCGGGCAAAACUACUCAGGUGCCUCAGAUGAUUUUAGAUGAUUGUUGCAAGAACAACAAACCAUGCAGAAUAUUCUGCACUCAGCCGCGUAGGAUUGCAGCUCUCAGUAUCGCUGAACGUGUCGCACAGGAGAGAGGAGAGAGGAUUGGUCAGACAGUGGGCUACCAGAUACGAUUGGAGAGCAAAGUGUCUCCGAAGACUUUGCUGACAUUCUGCACCAAUGGAGUGUUGCUGAGGACGCUGAUGGGAGGUGAUAAUGCCCUGGGCACUCUCACACAUAUCAUUGUUGAUGAGGUACAUGAGCGGGAUCGGAUCAGCGACUUCCUGCUGGCAGUCGUGAAGGACCUGCUUCACAAGUACAAGAACCUACGCCUCAUUCUCAUGAGUGCUGCCCUCAACACCGAACUGUUCAUCAAGUACUUCAGCAGCUGCCCUGUAGCUUUUGUCCCAGGCACUCUGUUUCCUGUAGAAGAACACUUUUUAGAAGAUAUUCUCAAAUGGACUAGCUACACAAACAAGAAGAUGGAAAAAUACAGGAAGGAGCUGAGUAAAGUGAAGAGUCAGCAGGAGCACCUGGAUGAGUGGUGCACACAGGGGGUGUCCACUGAGGGGCACCGGGCCAGCAUGGAAGAGGACUACACCUCCGACAGGAUCCUCGACAACAGGCAGGCUGAGGGCAAAGAGCUGGGGGAGGAGCGGGAGGACCUGGAGCCAUGGGUGGUGAAGGAGAUGGACAAGCUGCUGAGUGAGGUGUGGCUCUCGGGGGAGGAAGAGGUCUUCUCUCAAAUCUUCCAUCUGAUCAUGGCUGAGAAUGUCAGUGUGGACUACAAGCACAGUGAGACAAGUGCCACUCCCCUGAUGAUAGCAGGUGGGCGGGGCUUAUCUGUGACGGUGGAGCAACUCCUCAGUCUGGGUGCCAACAUCAACGUCAGAGCGUCAAAUGAAUGGACAGCUCUUGACUGGGCCAAAAAAUUCAAAAGAAAUGACAUUGUUGAAAUGCUAGAGUCAUAUACUGCUUCCGUUGAGUGUGCCAGCGAGGAUGGGACGGAAGAUGCAGUUGUCUCGGCUGAAGACCGUGAACUCCUCAACAUCUACCACCACAGCUUCGACGACGAGAAAGUGGACACAGACCUCAUCUCUGCACUCAUAUACACAAUCAUGUCAUCAAAGAAGGAAGGUGCUAUACUAGUUUUCCUACCUGGAUAUGAUGAUAUUGUCAGCCUCAGGGAUGGCAUUGCUGAUGACAAGAAAUAUGAAAGUUUUAGGUACGUGUUGUAUACACUCCACUCCUCCAUGCAGUCCAACGAUCAGAGGAAGGUCUUUAAGAUGGCACCGCAAGGAGUCCGCAAAAUUAUACUUUCCACCAACAUUGCUGAGACAAGUGUCACAAUUAAUGACGUAGUCUUUGUCAUCGAUUCAGGAAAAGUGAAAGAGAAAUCAUUUGAUGCUUUGUCUUCAUGCUCUAUGCUGAAGAGCAACUGGAUCUCUAAGGCCAGUGGUUUGCAGAGGAAAGGGAGAGCUGGUCGGUGUCGGCCGGGGGUCUGCUAUCACAUGUUCAGCCGUAUUCGCUACAGCAGUAUGCAAGAGUACCAGCAACCAGAAAUCCUCAGAUAUCCACUCCAGGAGUUGUGCCUCUUCACCAAGCUGUUGGCCCCUGUCAACAUGAGCAUCGCUGACUUCCUCGCCAAGUGUCCCGAACCUCCAUCUUUUCUCAUCACGAGGAACGCAGUCCAACUCCUAAAGCAAAUGGAUGCACUGGACACGUGGGAGGAUCUGACGGAGCUAGGCCACCAUCUGACUGACCUCCCUGUGGAGCCCCGUCUGGGCAAGAUGGUUCUGUACUCGGUGGUGCUCAAGUGUCUUGACCCUAUCCUCACCAUUGUCUGCGCUCUGGCUUACAAGGACCCAUUCACCCUCCCCUCACAGCCUCACCAGAAGAGGUCUGCAGCUAUGGCACGGAGAAAGUUCGCUUCAGGAACAUUCAGUGACCACAUGGCUCUCCUCCGAGCUUUCCAGGCAUGGCAGAAGGCUCGGACAGAGGGUUGGGAGAGAUCCUUUUGUGACAGGAACUUCCUCUCCUCGGCCAGCAUGGAGAUGAUAGUUGGCAUGAGAACUCAGUUGUUGGGUCAGCUGAGAGCCUCAGGGUUUGUACGAGCUCGGGGCGGCGGUGACAUCCGGGACUUGAACACCAACUCGGAGAACUGGGCUGUGGUGAAGGCUGCCCUGUGUGCUGGCAUGUACCCCAACAUUGCAUGUGUGGACCGGAACAGGAACGUUGUCGUCACUCAGAAAGAGUCCAAGGUGCGUUUCCACAGCAGCUCUGUUCUAAGCCCUGCCCCCACAACUGAGUGGGUGAAUGUGGCCUCCACCCAUGCCAAGUCUGUCCGCAUGCUCCAAGGGGAUUGGUUGAUCUAUGAGGAAAUGACCCGCUUCAACAAGAUGGCCAGUGCCAAGUGCUGCACAGUCCUGUCAGCUGUCGCUGUGGCCAUCUUUGCUGGUCCAUCCAAGCUGCCGCCGGAAGCCAUUAGGGAGGCAGAGGGCAUCCAUGACCGUGAGGCGGGUGACGGCAUGUACGCUGACAACAGCAGCGACAGUGAGGGGGAGGACAAGGAGGACCUGAAGAAAUCCACCCUGCAGUUGGACGACUGGCUGUGUUUCCGGCUGGACAAGGAGUCGGCCAACUUGGUGCUGCAGCUGAGACAGAAGUGGCACAGUCUAUUCCAGAGGAGGAUGAAAGCUCCGUCCAAACCAUGGUCGCAAAUGGAUGAGGCCGUCGUACGAGCUGUGAUAAAUGUCCUCACCAAUGAGGAGCAGUCUCAGGGUCUGCAGCAACCAGCUGGUAUUGGACAAAGACCCAGACCUAUGUCGGCAGAGUCCAUGAUGACGACAGGCAGCAGUCGAGGCUACAUCGAGGCCGAUGACAACCAGAGCAAGUACAACAUCCGCAGAUACCCAGCAACUCCACCCAAGAGAAAGGAAAUCAACCUCAAAGGCAGCAAGACCAGUGAAGACAGACUGGAGACAUCCUCCGUCCACAGCAACUCAGCCAGCAACAGCAGCGCCAACAGCUUGAAGGGCAGCGCCGGCAGCACCCCCUGCCCUUCCCCCCAGCCCUCCUCCCCCUCUAAGUGGGCGGAGCGGGACCCUGGGGGGAACAGCUCCCACCCUUGCAGGUUGUUUGUGAUGAAGUGUAACAACCAGAAGAACCUCGACAUCUCCCUGCAGAAGGGGUUGUGGGCCACGUCCGUCAGCAAUGAGAAGAAACUCAACAAGGCAUUCCAGGAUGGCAAGACGGUCUACCUGAUUUUCUCCAUACAAGGCAGCGGUCACUUCCAGGGUUAUGCCAAGAUGCUGUCUGAAAUCCGAAAGGACAAAUCACAAGAUUUUAUUUCACCUGGCCUUAGUGGUAACUUUGCCAUUGAAUGGGUCAAGAGGGCAAUGAUCCCCUUCCAGAGCACACACCAUCUGACCAACCCCUGGAACGAGAGCAAGAAGGUCCAGGUCAGCAGGGACGGCCAGGAGAUUGAGCCCAGUGUUGGAGAAGCCCUCCUGAAGCUCUGGGACAAGUACCCGAACUACCAGAAGCGCUCGUCCCCAUCUUCAGGAACCAAGGUCAUCCUGAAGCACAACAACUCAACUACACCAAAGCUCCUGAGCAAAGACUGUGAUACGCCUGACCAGAAAGACAAUGGUGACAGUGACAGCCAGGCAGAGUCUGGUCCGGCAGACAAUGCCACAAAGUCCUCCAGCUCCUCAUCCCUCACCCGAUCCAAUUCAUCCACCAGCAGCCAGGGAUCGGGGCAUAGCUCAAACACUCCCACUAGUCAGAAAGGUCACUACCAAGGUCAAGGGUCUCAUGGAGGUCAAGGACAUUAUCAAGGUCAUGGCCACAACCACCAUCACCAGAAUCGCCAUGGUGGAGGAGGUGGCGGGGGUCAUUACGUUCCCCACGGCAAUAUGGGACAUGUAGGAGGACAUCAUGGAAUGGGGAUGUUCAACCAAAACCACUUUCAGCAUGGGUACAACCAAAUGGGCUACAUGGGCCCCAUGAUGCAUCAGCAUCAGCACCUGCCCUCCUCACCGAGAGGGGGCAUUUCACCCGUCAUGAUUCUACAGAGAGGUAGCCAUUCAUCUGGUCAUGGUCGUGCAAACUUUCAAGGUCACCAUGGUUACAACUCUGGGCCAGGCUCAUAUCACCACUGACAUAGAGACUCCAAUCCAUUCAUGUACAACUGAGAGAGAAAUAAUGUACUGAAACAUUUGUCAUCCUGUGGGGGUAGACUUAGAUGUCUAGUGCCCAUUGUCAGUCCGUUGUGGAUGAUGUAAUGUAGUGCCCUAUGCCAACUUGAGACACUGUCACUGUGUAAGUAGGGUACUCAUUAACCUUUGAUUGAUAAACUUGUAAAAUGGAGUUGGCAGGAAAACAGUCAUGGUGAAGGAAUUGACUCAAACUUGCCAGGCCAGCCAACAGACCUGAGCAUAGUCCCUCUUUAAGAGAAACACAUACCGUAUUCGACGUAAUAAGCGCCCCGCUCUAAUAAGCGCCCAUGGCGAUAUUUGCUAAUAUAUUUGCUAGUGAACAAUCCCAAUUAGCACCCCUUCCGAUUGAUCAAUGUAC